AUGAUGCUCAUCACAAAAGAAUCGGAGCUCCAGAGUUUUCUCGACAAGAACAAAAACUCGUUUGCUCCUCCUGGAGUAACAUCAGUUGGUGUGCACUUCGAGUUUGCAGGGCCGUACGUUGACCGGAACGAGCCCGACCAAGCGGUAGCAAUCGUUAUCGCCUCUUGUGCAUCUGACGAAGUCUCAGUGUUGCUGGUGUUGGCUUCCCUCAGCAGAAGCCGUGUGAUCGGAGGACUCAAGACGUUGCUAGAAGAUUCUUCAGUCAGCAAAGUGAUGCACAGUAUCCACCGGGCCGCAUUUUGGCUUUAUGACUUUGGCUUACAGAGCCCCAAGCUUGCAAAUUGCGUCGACCUACAGCUGCUGUUUGAAAGCACAGUGGACGAGACUGUGUUCAAUGCGAGUAUCCUUCAGAUCGUCAACCGCUGUUCGUCAGACCUUGCCACGAAAUUUGCGCAGAGCGUGUGCUCCUUCAAGGCGAAAACUGUUUCAGUGCGCUCAAAAAAUGGGGCUAAAUCGUCGUUGUCCAAGAAGCUGCAGCAAUCGCUAGUUCAAACCGCGCAGUUAUAUGCGAGCUGUUACGCAGAAAAUCGAUCGAAGCGGUCAGCCAAAGCAGUUUGUGCAGCGAUGACAAGCGCUCGGUGGGAAUUUGCCGUCACGAACAAGGGUCAGCGGGCAAUUUGGUUUGACAUUGAGCUCUAUCACCAGCCGCGCAGUCUCGAAAGUCUGUUUUAUCGUACUCUUGGCAAUGCUACGGGAGUUCCAGUACCGAAGCUUGAGCUCGAAUGUGAGCUCGAGCCACUGCUUAAUCUUCUACCUGCAUCAUUUAAACGUGCCAUUCUCGCCCUCAGCAAUUACCACGACCUGGUUGAUAUCUGUAUCGAUACCGGUCGCGUUCCUUUUGCGUAUACUGGCAAGAAACAGCGUAUUGAACUCAGUACAAACGGCACCACCGUGUCAAAAGAAACAAUCGACGAGAUCCUGACAAAUAUUGGCGGAGAAACGCGGAUUGGAAGUGACAAUCGAGCAGGUAUUGACCGCCAAUUGCACCGUAUUUCUGUCAUGCGGAGCAAAAGUGGCGAAGUGUAUGGCCUCACCAUGCGCGUUGGUCGAGCACUGCGCAAUGCGGCAUGCGUAUUGACCGAUUUACUAUUGAGUGCGCGUCACGCUGACAAGUCAGUAUUGGUAUUGGGCCAUCCAGGCUCUGGCAAAACAACGCUUAUUCGAGAUAUAGCGAGGUGUGUGGCAGACACGAUGGAGAACGUGUGCAUCAUUGAUACGUCGAAUGAAAUUGGUGGGGAUGGUCUAAUACCACAUGCAUGUGUUGGAUGGGCCCGACGCAUGAUGGUUUGUUCGUUAGAGGCACAAGCAAGUGUAAUGGUUGAGUGUGUGCAGAAUCAUACAGUCGAGACGUUAAUUGUGGACGAAAUUGGUCGAAAAGCUGAAGUUUUAGCUGCAUCAACGGUGCGUCAGCGUGGCCCACGAUUGGUUGCAAGUGCUCAUGGCGAUUUUCAAGCAUUGAUUAAGAAUCCUGAUCUAAAGGGGUUAGUAGGUGGUUCACAGCAAGUGACUGUAGGUGAUGCAGCAGCGAAAGCGUCACACAAGAGCAAAUUACAGACACAGCGAGCUGGAAAUCCGAUAUUUGAUGUUAUUGUUGAAUUGGACCAUAUUGUGAAAGGACGGUGUCGAAUUAUUUGGAAUGUCGCACAAGCAGUGGAUCAGGUUUUUGAAGGGACGGAUUAUGUCGUGGAAACGCGGCAAUGGGAUCGUAGUACAUUAGGUAUUCAUGUGCUCGAAACUAGUUGA